AGUCGGUUCUGAAAUUGGUCUCAACGUUUCGACUAGCUUGCUCUAGUCAUCGUCAGGAGACUGAAUAGUGAAUAUAAAAGUUUGAAUGGAAAAGUACAACUGAUUUUACCUCAAAGUCAAAUUUUCGACGUAAGCUUUUUAAAUACUUUUUUAAUAUAGGGUUUGUUGUUUUAAUAACUCUGGACUUUAUUAAAACGCCGAAAAAAAAAAAACGUACAAAAACGGGAUUUUGUUUGCUUCAGUGGCUGAAAAAAAUAUAUUGUGUACACGGCAUUUGGGAAUCGUUGCAGACAUUUCGGAGGCUUCCUACGGGUUAGAUUUUGCUCGUUUCACGGCAGGACCAUCACUGCUUCAGAAGCGAGUUUUUCUCGUCAACGAUCUUAUUCUUGGCAUUUCGUUUCUCCAAUCAUGAUGGAGAAUUCUAGACCCUCAUUCCAUUGGGCAGAUUAUCUGGUCUUCGGCGCCAUGUUGAUGACGUCAUCCGCCAUUGGCAUCUUCUACGCGUUCAAAAGUAGAAAGAACAACUCGUCUGGAGAGUUCAUGCUGGCAAGCCGGAAAAUGACUUUCUUCCCGGUGUCCAUGUCCCUGACGGCCACCCUAUUGACCGGUAUCUACCUGCAAGGUAGCGUGUCUGAAACCUACCUACGUGGAGUGUUUCUGUACAUGGGUUCCAUCGUACCCUUCACCAUAGCUGGGACUAUUGCUGGUUUGGUGUUCAUGCCUAAGUUCUACAAAAUGCGACUCACCAGUAUUUAUGAGUACAUUGGUAUGCGAUUCAACAAACUUGUGCAGUUUUGUUGUUUGUUCAUCGGAUACGUCUAUAUGUUCUUUAUUUCUGGUCUUGCAACACGUGCGGCAUCUUUGGUUAUAACAACGGUUACUGGUUCCCGGUUGAGUGUAACAUCAGCUGCUAUCAUUCUAUCUGCAGUUUGUACGUUUUACACCGUCAUUGGUGGCAUGAAAGCUGUGUUGUGGGCCGAUGUGUUUCAGAUGACAUUGAUGUUUACAUGCCUAAUAGCGGCUGGUGUCCAGACGUCUAUCAAGUUGGGCUUUGCUACCGUAUGGACGACCAACAUGGAAGGUGGAAGAUUCAAUGAAGUUAUUUUCGAUUCUGACCCACGAAUCUUUGUGAGUUUCUGGAGUGUGGUGAUUGGUGGAAUCCUAACCUGGCUGACCCUACUCACUGUACUGCCACAUCAAAUGCAACGAUAUAACAGUUGUAAGACUCAGGCGCACGCUCAUGGUGCUUUUGCCUUCUACAUCGUCUUGUGUAACGCAAUCACUUUGUUCUGCACUCUGGCCGGAAUGGCAAUGUACGCCAUCUACGUCGACUGUGAUCCAAUCUCUUCAGGAAAGCUUAGCGACCCGGACGGGCUGUUACCAUACUACAUCUUGGAAGCGUUUCAUCAUCUGCCGGGUAUCCCAGGAAUUCUAGUGUCUGGUCUGUGCAGUGCUGCUCUCAGCACCAUAUCUUCCAUUUUGAACUCAGCAGCAACGGUCACCGUAACACACACUGUUUCUAAAAUCUGGAAGGAUUUGCCAGACUCGAGGUACCUUUUUAUCACUAGAAUAAUUGUGGUACUGUUUGGAUGCCUGAACAUUGCUGUAACUAUUUUUGUUGGAGAGCUGGGUAACUUACUACGGGCAGUCAUUGGUCUCAUUGGCGUGACGAACUCCCCAGUUUGUGCUGUGUUUAUUCUGGGGUUCUUUUUCAGACGAGCCAACGCAAAGGGCACGCUGAUUGGGUUCGUUCUAGGGACGUCCGUAGGGAUCUGGCUGUUUGUUGGCUCUUUGUUCCACCAAGGGCCACCCAAGAAUCUGGACCUCUCAACUGCAAUGUGUCAUGAUGAGGAAGUCACCUCAUUGUCCAUGACAAAUGACUCAUCGACGACAAUGAUGGCGACGACAUUAUAUAAUCUUUCUACAGCUGCUGUUCCAGAUGUCAUUCCCAGGUCCUUUGUGAUUGAACUGUACAAUAUAUCACGCCUAUGGUACACAACGAUCACUCUGUUGUCAGUAUGCAUUAUCAGCAUGGUUGCCAGUCUCAUAAUGGAUGCGAUAUAUGGCAAGCCUGAGGUGGAUUCGAACCUGCUAUGGAGCUGGAAAGACGUCUACUCUUCCAACAACAACAAGACAGAAAAUCCAAACCAGACAUUUCCGUUUGAGGACAAAAGCGAUGUCGGCAAAGUCGAACAAAGAGUUGAUCCUGGAGAGAGUGGCUCAUUUUCAACACGUUUUUAAAAAUAGGACAAAGAAAGCAGUCACCUUUGACACCGGACAACAUUCCAUCGACUGUUUUGCAUAUGACGUCACAAGGUCAAGCAUUGCACUAAGGUCAAAGACUAUUAUUGGAGGAGCGCUGCCCGGUGUGCUUGUAUACGCGUGCACGUUUACGUUAUUUGACUUCAGCGCCAAACAAUGUCAGACGAGAUGGUGCGGGAACUUCGGGCUGGGGAUGAGAUUAUGCGAAAAGUAGGCCUCUUUAAGGGAUGCUACUAUAUAAAUAAGCCUAUAAUAUUAUAAACACUUCUUAUGAGACAUACGAUGACGUCAUUACAUUACUGUGUUUUAAUAAUACGAAUAUAGCUGUGUAUUUAUUAUUCAAGAAACGUUUGAAUUACGUUGAACACAACUUGGUGAAAGUAUGUGUGGGUGAUUGAGUUUUUAAGUAAACCGUAGGUGUUACGUGGUGUUGAAAAUAUUUUUAAAGGAUCUUGUUCCACUUACCUCGUUCCUAAUCAACCACGCUGUAUUUUCAAUCUGCACGGAAGAUAUUUGGUUUAUACCCGUCAGGAAGGCAUCACGACACCCGCUCGGCUAUGGGACUUUCAAGGUUCACAAUAUCAGCGUUUUGUGAGUUUAGUUCUAAUUAUUUUUAUUUAAAGGAUCCGGGUACUUUUUCAAAAUGUCCACAGAUUUACUCUAAACUUACGGGGUUU